AACUUGGCAGCUAGAGAGCUACCAAUCACAACACUGAUGGAGUCAUUGAGAGCAUUGAUUCAACAAUGGACAUACACAAACAGGAAAAAAGCACAGAAAACAACAACAUUUUUAACACCUACAGCAGAAAAGAAAUUAGUCGAAAACUUUGUGGAAUCAUUGACAGAAAAUGUAAAACCAAUAAACGAGACCAUGUUCGAAGUCAUUGAACUAACCAGAUCAUGGGUCAUCAACCUCAAGGAGAAAACAUGCAGUUGCAACAGAUUCCAACUUGAUGAGUUACCGUGUGCUCAUGCGCUUGCUGUUAUAAAAGAGAUGAACUUGAAUGUUUACAACUACUGUUCGGGUUAUUACACCACGCGAACAUGGCUUGAAACAUACAGCGGCUCAACAUAUCCGGUACACAAUCACACAACUUGGGAUGUGCCACAAAACAUAAAAGAUAUCAUUGUUCUGCCACCAAACCAAAAAAUAAGAUCUGGAAGACCAAGGAAACGAAGGUUUUUAUCUGAAUGGGAUACAAAAAAACAUAACAGGUGCGGCAAAUGUGGACAACACGGACACAAUCGAAAGACAUGCAACAAUCAAGCAAUAAAAUAGAUACAUAUGAAAUAUUUGAAUUGUUUAAUUUUGUGUGCAAAUUCAAACAGGUUGAUCUGUGAUGCUCUAAAUACAUGGGAUUUCAUUUUUAUGAAAUUUGAAACAGUUUUUUAAUAGUUUCAAAAUCGUUUUGUUACA